AUGAACAGUUCAGUUUUACUCAUUUUUAUUCUACUUUUUAUUCAUUCUUCUCACACGUUCGAUUUACCACCUGAAAUUCAUAUCGGAGCUAUUUUUGAUACUAAUGAUAAACUAUCUCGUCAAGCAUUCGAAUACGCUGUUGCAAAAAUCAAUGCGAAAUCUCAAAUUUUCAAAAAAUCCAAAAUUGUUGUCAAUCAGAUCGACACUGUCGACGCACACAACAGUUUUCUCGCUUAUAAGUUGGCAUGUGCACAAAUCGAAACCGGUAUUGCUGCUUUGUUCACCGGCCAUCUCACUCCGGCACUAGAGUUUGUUAGUUCGUUAACACGACAACUGCACAUACCUUUGUUCUUAUCAUCACCGGAUCCACAGACAAAAGUUGAAUACUACAUUAUCAAUGUAUACCCGCAUUAUACAGCCACGAGUCAAGCAUUUAGUGAUGUAAUUAAAUUUCAACAGUGGAACGAGCUUGCGAUUAUUACUGAACGUUCUGAUAAUUUGCUCUAUUUACAGGAUUUAUUGAAAUUAUCUACAGAGCAUGACCAAAUGACUGUUACGGUUAGACAAUUACGAGGUAGACCGGGAAAUAACAGUUGGCAUCCACUGUUGAAACAAUUACAAGAAAUGGGCAUUUCGAAAUUUUUAGUCGAUGUUAAAACCGAUCAUCUGGAUGAUUUCUUUCAACAGGCGAAAGUAGUUGGAUUAGUCGGGCCUUACUAUGAUUUUGUGUUGACCUCUUUGGAUAUAUCCGUCGUUAAAUGGAAUCGAAUUUUGUAUACAUUGGUAAAUAUUACUGGUUUACAGUUUUUCGGACGGGAAGAUCCAGCUGUUGACGAAUUUUUCGCUACUAAUGUACUAGACGUCAAUCCUCCAUUGAAAAUAAACGAACGUUCAUUACGAGUGUCAGCAGCAUUGAUUUAUGAUGCUGUCUACUUUUUUGCUCGAGCAUUGAGUAAAUUCGUUGAGCAACGUCCAUUUACUGUUACACCAUUAACGUGUGAAGCACAAAAGUUUUGGUCGCACGGAGCAGCAUUCGCUCUUUUUUUGAAAACGUUUGAAGCCAAUGGGAUUACAGGAAAGAUCAAGUUUGAUGAGAAUGGUCUACGUACGGAUAUUUCAUUGGAAGUGGUAGAUUUAGUUGCCAACGGUGUCAACAGAAAUGGUAACUGGUCAGCGAAUACCCCAAAUCGGCUAGAUGUUCGUCGUAACUUCACGAAAGAUUACGAAACAAGAAAACAGGAGAUACAAUUUCAAACAUUAAAAGUGACAACCGUAAUUGAACCACCAUAUGUGAUGUGGAAAAAUGAUACGGUUUCGAAUGAAACAUCGUUUCAAGGAUUUUGUAUCGAUAUUUUACUCACACUAGCUGAAAGACUCAAUUUUACAUUUGAAAUCGAGAUUGUGAAAGAUAAAACAUUCGGAAAGAAGAAUGAAAAGGGUGAAUGGAAUGGUAUUAUCGGAGAAUUAGUCAAUCGAAGAGCCGAUUUAGGUCUCGCUGGAUUAACCAUCACGUACCAACGAGAACAGGCAAUUGAUUUUACUAAACCAUUCCUAACACUUGGAAUCAAUAUAUUAUACAAAAAAGCAAAACGUGAUAAACCGAAAUUAUUUGGCUUUUUCUCACCGUUGAGUUUAAAUGUUUGGCUCUACAUGAUCGCUGCGUAUUUCCUCGUUGGUUUUGUAUUGUAUUUGGCUGCACGAUUAUCACCAUAUGAAUGGCGAAGUCCACAUCCAUGUAAAACAAGUCAUGAUGUAUUAGAGAAUCAAUUUACCUUAUUCAAUGCGCUCUGGUUUGUGAUGUGCAAUAUCAUGCACCAAGGCACGGAAAUCAAUCCUGCGGCACCAUCAACACGAAUGAUCAGUUGCCUUUGGGCAUUUUGUACAUUAAUUCUCGUAUCAUCGUACACCGCUAAUCUUGCGGCCUUUUUGACUGUUCAACGUAUGCAAACGCCAAUUGAAAAUGCUGAAGAUUUAGCUUCCCAAACGAAAAUUGCCUAUGGUGUCCAACGUGGUGGAUCAACAGAAAACUUCUUUCGAGAGUCGAAAUUAGCUACAUAUGAACGAAUGUGGAAUUAUAUUUCUGCUCAUCAGGCAUCUGUUAUGGUAGCAUCGAGUACGGAAGGUAUCAACAAGGUGCUUCAAGGCAACUAUGCUUUUCUCAUGGAAUCAACGACAAGUGAAUACAAUAUUAUGAGAAACUGUGAAUUAACAUCAAUUGGUGGGUUACUUGAUUCCAAAGGUUAUGGUUUUGGCGUACCACAAAAUUCGCCUUACCGCGACAUACUAAGCGAUACGAUAUUAAAACUACAGGACGAAGGCGUUAUUCAAAAGUACUACAAUAAAUGGUGGAAAGAAGCGGCUAAUUUAAAAUGCGAACGAGAAGACAAACGAAAAGAACUAGCAUCUGAAUUAGGUUUUGCCAACAUUGGCGGUGUUUUUCUCAUUCUCGCUAGUGGACUAGUUCUGUCAAUAUUUGUUGCUGCUCUGGAAUUUACGAUUAAAAUACGCAAACGAAAAGGACGACAAGCUUCGGUGCGGAAGGAAAUGGCACGCUAUUUUCGUUUUGCUCUUACCAAUGCUCGGUCGCCAAAACGACGCAUUAGUGAAUUUACUGAAGAUGUUUCUUCACGUCUGGACCGUACAACAAAACAUUACUGA